UUUUGGUCUUUUUAUAUUCUCGUUUCACUUUUAUUUUCCUUUCCAUUCGGUUUUUUUUUUUUUUUUCGUUUUCGUUCACUCUUUCGCCAGCAAAAACAAAUGGCUUCGCGCGUUGCAGCUGCACAACAGUCGCAGCAACUGCAGCAGCAAACAGAGGCUCAGCAGCCCGCGUCCAUGUCCUCGCACCGGGUUGCAGACCUCUACUCGAACUGCAUCAAGUUGAGCUCUGAAAAUAAAAUCACCCAAAAGAACAGUUGGGAAUUGCCGUUGAUCGACUACAUUACUGCGGUGCUCGAGUCUCAGAAUGACGGCGAAAUGACCAACUUCCAAGCCGCCAGCUGCACACUCGAUGCAAGUAUCAAGAUUUACUCGUACCGUGUGGAUUCCAUUCACACUGAGACAUACAAGGUGCUUGGAGGACUGACACGCAGCAGUGCCACAGCUGAGGAAACUGAGGAGGGAGACGGCACCAAAGCACGCAAGGCGCAUCGAAGUGUCAACACGCUGGAGACGAAUGCUGCAGCCCUCAAUGUUAAAACCUUCGAUAUGGAGUUUGACGUUGAUCCGCUGUUCACCAAAACGUCCGCUUCGUUUGACGAAGGUGGUGCCAAGGGCCUGUUGCUCAACCAUCUCUCCGUCCGCAAUGCCUGCGAGCUGAUUUUCGACUCUUCGGACUGCGUCGAUGGUCGCGGCGACGAGGCCGAAACCGAAACGGAAAACCGCUCUCCCAACAGCACCAUUGACAUUAGCGAUCUCAAAGCCUACAUCGCGGCGGACAAGGACUUUGAUAGCCGCGAGAUUUGCUCGGCCUUCACCAAAUUCGAGUUCCGAGGAUGGGUGCCAGGCGAUGCAGUUGGUGGAUUGGAUGCGUUGCAGGGUGCCGACCGAGCUGGUGACACGGAUUUCCUUGCCGAGGACUUGCCAACGCGACCGAUGCCGGACGACGACCGGAAUGACGGAUACGCCGACGGCUACGACAACGACGAGGACGACUUUACCAAUUUCAGCGACGCUGAAGAUGUCUAUAGCGAGGUCGGCCAGAUAUUUGCCGCACAUCAGUUCAUGAACGGCACAGACGCGGCGAGCACUGCAGGCUCAAUCAUGGUCAGCGCCGACAGCACGGACGGCGAUUCACUGUCCGUCUCCAGCGCAGGUGUGUCCGGCCGCCCCAAUACUCGCGCAACGCUUGCGCUGACCAUUGGCAAUGACAACGAGUAUUCGUACUUUGAUGCUUCUGCGCUCAAAUCCUGGACGGGCAACAACCACUGGAAGCUCAAGACCACUCCCAAAGACGACGCUGCUUCGAUUGCUUCGGACUCGAGCAAAAAGAAAAAGUCGCGCAAGGAAGCAUUCUUGAUUGAUUUUUCGAGCACCAAAAAGGUCGAUUGGGCAGUUGCACUUGGGAAGAGCCGCGCUGCAACCACUCUGUCCAAGCCGACUGUGGACAAGUUGACCACGGCUGCCACCACGCUGCCCGACGACGUCCACUACACCGUGGACAAGUUGUCACGGCUGUUCCUGAAGCCCACUGUGCUCGUCAAGUGGAACGCUGCCGCAAAGUCUGCAGCAAGCAAUGUGCCGACAAAUGACGAUCAGGUCCAUGAGAAUGACUACGACCAGCAUCACGACAACGACGACGACGAUGACUACUACGGUGAUGAUGGUCCAUCGUAUGACGACGCCAAAGACGACGGGCACAUGCUCAACAGCAGCGCAGGCAAUGUGACCAACAACACGACGUUUGGCCUGUUCAACACAUCCAUGACCGCAGACGAGACAUUUAUUGCAGGAGAAGGUUUGAUUGAUCAGCCCCGCCGCGUCGAGAAGAUUUCCAUCAGCUACGCCAAGGCAGCCAAGCGCGUGGACGUAAGACGCCUGAAAGAGACCAUGUGGUCACGCCUCGAGAAAGAGGCACAUGUUGUUGACAAGCCCACCAAAACCCAGGAGUCUGACGAAAUGCCUGUGCAGUCCUUCUCAAGCCUAUUUGGUGAGCUCGCGGCUCCGUACCAACAGCAGCUCAAGACGCAGACGUUGCAACAGCAAGCAAACAGCAGCAGCGGUCUCUCUGUGGCAAUCUGUUUUGUUUGCCUAUUGCACCUGGCCAACGAGAAGAAUCUGGCCAUCGACUCGCAGCUGGACAUGGCUGACCUGAUGGUGGCGCGCUAAACAAAAGAGGGGAGCUAGCGCAAGUGGACAAAUGUUAAUGCUAAUCAAAGUUGGAAUGUACAUGGUUUUGUGACGGUUGUGGAUGCUGAUGAAUGUUGCUUCCGUUGUUGUGGUAGAAUGAAAGAGAAUUGGUGCUACUCAACAGUUAGAUGUUUUGACAAGUUGAGAGGGGAAGUGAAAAAAUAAAAACACACAAAAUAAAAAAA